AUGAAUGGUGUUCCACAUAUGGUUUUUGUUGGUGUGCAUAAUGAUGAAGAUAUAUGUUACAACAAGGGUGGCUCUCCAGUUAUGAAUGAAUUAGAAAGAUAUGACCAUAUGAAAUCAAUUAAAUGGUGUGAUAAAUUAAUACCGGCUGCACCAUAUGUUACUGAUCCGCAGUUAAUGGAUGAAUAUAGUUGUCAAUUUGUUCUUCAUGGUGACGAUAUAACCACCGAUCAUGAUGGGAAUGAUUGUUAUCAAAUAGUCAAAGAUUUAGGCAGAUUUGUUGUAGUCAAAAGAACUCAAGGGGUCAGUACAACGGAUAUCAUACAUAGAAUUUUAACGGAUACAUAUUCUUACAAGACUAAGGAUAUUGAAAACAAUGCUAAUAAUCCUAAAUUGUGGGAUUUACAAUUGUUGACCAGAUUUUGUAAAGAUAAAGAUGCUAUUAGUGUAUGGGAUUAUGUUUUUUAUAAAAAUUUUAACAACGUUAUUGUUAAAGGUGGAUACGAAUUGGUGAAAAACGACGAGAAAGGAAAAAUCACAGCAGUGAGUUGUUACUACAUCGAGGAUUAUUUUGAUUUAUUUAAUGUUGGUGAUAUCGAAAUUUUCCAAACUAUCAAAUCCAAAUACGCUGCUGUAUAUGGUUCUAAUACCAAACUAAUUGUAGGAGUGUUGAGCAGUAGCAAUGUGGGAUGUAUCAACACUCUACUUGAGCGUUGUUUGAGCUUGCUAAGCUGUAAAUACAUUGACGGUAUUGUAAUUGAUCCAGAUAGUGACAUAUUUAGCAGUAUGACAAACAAUGUGCAAAUCAGUAAAUUGGAUAAACAAACAAUUGUUGUUAAUCACAAACAAGACCUAAAGUUCCAGUAUUUAACUAGAGAUUUAAUUAUGCAAAGGAUUAAAGACAACUCUCAACACUAUAUUAAAAGAAACAUUAAAAAGGGCAUGAGUUAUGAGUAA